AUGGAUUAUGUACUAACCCCAUUAGCCUUUGUUUUCCUUGUGUUCACAACCCUGUUUGAUGCCUCUGUUGCGGGUGUAAUUUCUAUUUACUGGGGACAGAAUGGUGCAGAGGAUACUUUGGCCAAUACAUGUAACGGUGGCAAUUAUGCCAUUGUGAACAUAGCUUUCCUAUCCUCAUUUGGCAAUGGAAACACUCCAGAGCUCAAUCUUGCUGGUCAUUGUGAUGCAACCAAUAAUGGGUGCAGUUUCCUUAGUGGUCAGAUUAAGACCUGCCAGAAUAAAGGUAUCAAGGUAAUGCUUUCCAUAGGAGGAAAUUAUGGGAACCAUAACCUUUCUUCAGUUGAUGAAGCCAGGAAAUUUGCGGAGCACUUAUGGAACAACUUUCUUGGGGGUCAAUCAAGCACACGUCCAUUAGGCAAUGCAGUUUUGGAUGGAAUUGACUUUGCCAUAGUGACAGGCUCAACCCAACACUGGGAUGAGCUUGCCAAGGCAAUAUCAGAGUAUGGCAAACAGAAGAAGAUAUAUCUAAGUGCAGCUCCCCAGUGUCCCUUCCCAGACAAAUGGCUAAGUAGUGCUAUAGAAACUGGUCAUUUUGAUUACAUUUGGGUCCAAUUCUACAACAACCCACCAUGCCAAUACAAUGGGAAUACAGAGAAUCUCAAGACCUAUUGGAAUAAGUGGAUUGGAACCAAGGCUGGUCAAGUUUUCUUAGGGUUGCCAGCUGCACCAGAGGCAGCUGGGAGUGGUUAUAUUUCGCCUAAUGUGCUUAUUUCUGAAGUGUUACCAUUUAUUAAUGGUUCUUCUAAGUAUGGGGGUGUUAUGAUUUGGUCUAAGUUCUAUGAUAAAGGGUAUAGUACAGCUAUUAAGGCCCAUGUGUGAGGGAUAAGGCUUCAUUCCCUUUUGUCAGUUGUGUUUUUGUAGGGGAUGUUUUCUGGAUCAGUAAGAAUCAGACCCCGUGGAAAGAUUAAUGAAUAACUAUAACAAUAUAUUUUGAACA